AGUGAGAUCUCGGCGACAAGAGCAGGAUGCUGCUCGUAGAGAGAAACUCAGGCAAGCUUACCUCAAGAAACGGCUGGAGAAGUUGAUUGCUGAAAAACAGGCCUCUACAGCCAGUGAUGACCUACCAGCUAGCUAGUCCCAGGAGACGAGACCGCCCGACCACGACCUCACCGGAGAACAAUGGCCGGUGCGGUGCCAAGCCAGAAAGCCGGCGAGGCCUUCGAAGUGUACGGCCCGCGGCAUCUAUCGUCCCCCAGCUGGUGGGAUCUCCUCCGUUCAAGCUGGUCAGUUGCUCUCACCUUCACUUCUUCCAACCAAAGCUCUGUGUUACAAUCCAGUCUUCUACAUUGUAUGCACGCAGGAAGGAUCCCAACUACCGGCGAAUGGUGGUCGCAUGCUUCAUCCAGGGCGUGUACCUGCUGGAGCUGGACCGGCAGGACAAGCGCGACGCGCGCACGGGCCUGGCGCCGCAGUGGUGGCGCCACUUCAUGUACAGGCUCGCCCAGACGCUCGUCGACGAGCGGGACGGCUCCAUCUACGGCGCCGUGCUCGAGUGGGACCGCCAGGCCCUGCUAGCCGGCUACGCCCCGUUCCGCCCCGCCGGCGCGCCGGCCGCCGUCGUGGCGCUCCGGGGCACGCUGCUGAGCGGGGCCACGUUCCGGCGCGACGUCGUGGACGACCUCCGGUUCCUCGCCUGGGACAGCCUCAAGGGCUCCGUGCGCUUCGCGGGGGCGCUCGCCGCGCUGCGCGCCGCGGCGCGCCGGCACGGCGCCCGCAACGUGUGCGUGGGCGGGCACUCGCUGGGCGCCGGGUUCGCGCUGCAGGUGGGCAAGGCGCUGGCCAAGGAGGGCGUGUUCGUGGAGUGCCACGUGUUCAACCCGCCGUCCGUGUCGUUGGCCACGAGCCUCAGGGGCUUCGCCGAGACGGCCGGCGAGAUGUGGGGCCGCGUGCGAGCCUGGCUGCCCUACGUGGGCUCCGCCGCGGCGGUGGACGCCAGCGGCGGCGAGGCGGCCAAGGCGCCGACGCUGGAGCGCGCGGGGACGGCCAAGUGGCUGCCGCACCUGUACAUCAACACCAAUGACUACAUCUGCUGCUACUACACCGACGCGGUGGCCGGGACGGCGACCGUGACGGCCAGAGGAGGAGGGGGCGGGAGCAGUAAGACGGCGGCGGGAGGGGUCGGCGGCAUGAGCAGCGCGGGGCUGGCGAGGAUGGUGCUGGUGUCCAAGGGGCCGACCAAGUUCCUGGACGCGCACGGGCUGCAGCAGUGGUGGGCCGACGACGUCGAGCUGCAGGUGGUGCUCAACCACAGCAAGCUCAUCGACCGCCAGCUCAGGUCGCUCUACGCACCGCCGCCGGGCGCGCCGCAGAUGUGAGGCUGGCUGUAGUGCUGUACCAGUUGACAAGGCUUUGAACAAUAAAGCCACGCAUUGGUCAUGCUGAGCUGAGCACACGGAUGAUGAACCCUUCGUGAGUGAAUGUGAACAUUCCAAAUGCAAUUUAUUGUACACAAAAUGGUUAUGGCGAAUUGAAAUUCAAGCACAAGAGUGUGCACACCCCCAAAUUUUUAAAA